AUGGGCCUCCUCACAGUCUAUGGACCUCCUCACAGUCUGUGGGCCUCCUCACAGUCUAUGGGCCUCAUCACACUCUAUGGGCCUCCUCACACUCUAUGGGCCUCCUCGCUGUCUAUGGGCCUCCUCACACUCUAUGGGCCUCCUCACACUCUAUGGGCCUCCUCGCUGUCUAUGGGCCUCCUCACACUCUAUGGGCCUCCUCACUGUCUAUGGGCCUCCUCACACUCUAUGGGCCUCCUCACAGUCUAUUAUCCUCCUCACAGUCCAUGGACCUCUCGCAGUCAUUUGUGGACCUCCUCACAGUCUAUGGGCCUCCUCACAGUCCAUGGACCUCCUCACAGUCUAUGGGCCUCCUCUCAGUCCAUGGGCCUCCUCUCAGUCUAUGGACCUCCUCACAAUCUAUGGACCUCCUCACUGUCAAUGGGCCUCCUCACUGUCUUUGGGCCUCCUCACUGUCUAUGGGCCUCCUCACACUCUAUGAGCCUCCUCACUGUCUAUGGGCCUCCUCACACUCUAUGGGCCUCCUCACUGUCUAUGAGCCUCCUCACACUCUAUGAGCCUCCUCACUGUCUAUGGGCCUCCUCACACUCUAUGGGCCUCCUCACUGUCUAUGGGCCUCCUCACACUCUAUGGGCCUCCUCACUGUCUAUGGGCCUCCUCACACUCUAUGGGCCUCCUCACAGUCUAUUGUCCUCCUCACAGUCCAUGGACCUCCUCAGAGUCCAAUAA